AAAUAACUGACACAGAAAAACUGAAGGUGGCAAAUUAGUAAAACCACAGUCCAAAGAGCAUAGAAAGGUUCCCGUAAACAAAGGGAAAGGAAGAAACGUAGACAGACGGAGCCAUAAGACUCGCUCCAUUGUCCAAAACCAUCUCUCUCAAAACACACAUCCAUUCUCUAUCUCAAUCAAUCUAUCUCUUACCCCUCGGAAUAUUUGCGGUUGAGAGAGAAACCCACACAGAAAACCUUUGAUUGUUUUCUGUUAACAAAACUUCUUUUGUCGUGUGCAGAUAAAUAAGUGAAAGCCUGAAAAAAUUUCAGAUCUACUGCUCUGCAUCUGCUCUCAACUGUAAGGAGGCCUUCGCUUUUGGACCAAAUGUCAGCUGUGCCAGAUCGGCGUGACCCUUUAGCCGGCUUGACUCUUGACGCCAUCUUGGCUAAUAAAAGAAUUCUGUCCCCACCGCCUCCUCCCCCACCUCCGCCGGAAACUUCUUCAGGCCGCACGCUUCUUGAUAUAAUCCGCGACGAGGACCCUGUUAACAGAAACGUUGGUCACAAAGACAGGAGAAGUUGGAAAAUCUUCCGGGACCGGCUUCGGCUCAAGCGCGCCGGCGCUGCUUGGACCUCGAGCGUGCCUAUUCCGACUUCGGAUAUCCCUAUCUUGGGUAGUAGUGUCAAUCAUGGGUCGCAACUUUCUCGGCGCUCUUCGGUCAGGUUACAAACAAUCCCCUCCAAUAACUUGGGCGAGUCAACUCAGCCGAUGAGUCAGCCUGAAGAUCCAGCUUUCAUUUCCAGACCUCUGUUCACACGCCGGAGCUCGACUAGAUUUGCCACGAGUCCAAUUUCAACCGGCUCAACUCAAAACGAUGACACGCAGGAUACUUCCAUGCCUAGUGAAGUUCCGCCGUCUCGUAGCUUCAGGCCUCAGAUGUCCCGCCAUAACUCGACGCGGUUUCCGUCAUCGAACCCCGAUUCCGACGAGACCUACGUUGACCCUUUCGACGUUGCGCGGGAGGGAACUCGGCGGCUGGCAGUGGUGUUGGCGGAGGAGAGAGCUUUGUCCGCACGUGAGGCUGUUGCAGCCCAACAGGCUGCAGAAGCAGAGGCUGCUGCUGCGGCAGAAGCAGAAGAAACAGCGGCGGCGGAAACCGCUACAACAACGAAUGCUGCAUCUACAGCCUCGGCUGAAGUACCGCGGCCGGUGAGGAUGUCAUUAAUGGAUUUGCUAGAGGAGACUGAUAGACAGAUGGGGUUGGAGGGGUCUAGGUACUCAAUGAGUGCUGAAGAUGACGAGGAAGAGGAAGAAGAAGAAGAAGGAGGUGGCGUGGAAGAAAAUGCAGGAGGGAUAGAGUAUAAUUGCUGCGUUUGCAUGGUGAGGCAUAAAGGUGCGGCGUUUAUACCAUGUGGACAUACGUUUUGCAGAUUGUGUUCAAGGGAGCUUUGGGUUCAGAGGGGAAAUUGUCCCUUAUGCAACGGUUUCAUUUUGGAAAUACUUGACAUAUUUUGAUUUUUCAAAAUAUGUAAAGAAAAAAGAA